UCGUCAUUGCGUGCCUUCUAGGUAGAAUAUAUAUAUAUAUACCGCCAUAUCCCAGGAUCGAUUUCAUAUUGCUAUAGUACCUGCACUUGAUCUUGCAGCCAUCAGCACCCCUUAUAAUUUUUCCCGAUCUGCACCUUUUUGUUUGGCGAUCGAGCUGGAGCAAAUGGGCGACAUGAAGCACACGAAGCUGAAAAUUCGGUGCGCGAGCCGCAAAGAGAUCCAAGAUGCAAUUCAUCACGAUGUCCCAGGUCUCCAGAAUCAUAAGUACAGUUCAGAUGGCAGCAGCUUGAUUGUGGAAAUAGGUGGACAUGUGGAUGUGGGGAAGCUCUAUGAACGUCUGAAGAAGAUAGCAUACAGUGUCAAGAUUGAAUCCGUUGUCCCGGGCGAUUUAAAGGCAGAAAUGGAAGAUCUCGAGUCAAGACUGAGGAGAAAAAGAGAGGAAAACAAGUCUCUCAAGGAGCAAGCCAUGGCUGCCGAGGAAGAAACCCAAAGACUGAAGAGGGACAAGGAGUAUCUCAACUCAAAGCUCGACAAAAAGAGGGCAGAGAUCAAAUCAUUCGACGAAAACCUGAAAAGCGUGAAGAGGGAGAAGGAAUACCUCAGCUCGAAGCUGGAAAGAAAGAGGGAAGAUAACACACGCCUCGAGGAAGAAAACAAGAAAUUGCAACGAAAAAUCAAGGAGCUCGAGCAAAUUCACAAGGAAUGGACAUCUGGCACUUUAACUAGGUUGGAUAGAUUCGAGUAUUUGGAUCUGAAUCAUCAUGGGGUGCAUCACAGGGUGCGUAAGGAGGUGCACAGGCGUGAAUUUCAUCUCCAUCAGGAGGUGCGUCAGCAGGGCAAUCUCAGGCUGGAAGGUGGCCACCGAAGAAAUUGAUCCUCCUACGAACGCCAUAUAUCUAUGUGUGCCUGGGUCAUGUUCUGUCCUUUGCUUGUCUUUGGUGGAGAUUUUCUUUUUGUCUAUGUUACCGGGUGUAAACUAAUUAAUAAAUAAAUUGCAUCCACGGUAUACGGACGUGUAAGGUGUGGAGGAUCGAAAUACAAGAAACCAUACCAACCAGAGUGGGUUGAAUGGUA